AGCGAGACAGAGCAGAGAGUUUGUGUGUGCAUGUGUGUGUGUGUGAGAGAGAGAGAGAGAGAGUGAGUGAGUGAGUGAGGAAACGAGGGGAGAGAGCGAGGGCGGCAGAGAAGAGAGCGCCGUGGGACGUCAGUGUGCGCGUGGGCGAAAGGACGUCAGUGUCGCUGCUGCUCGGUGCGUGCAUGAGCGCGUUGAGUAUGGGGUUUGUCGAGCAUGUGGUGGAGUGGAUGUGUCUGUGUGUCUCUCUCUGGGCCCGUCCUCCGCCUGGCUCGCCCGAGUUCCGCUCCAGCAACGCCCUCUUAUGCACCGUUGUAUUAUGCGCUUUAGCUCAACCUAAACCCAACCCGACCUAACUUCACCCAAUCUUACCCUGUCCUGCCUUGCCUUACUGACCUCAACACCACCACCACCGCUCCAAACCCACCGCAUUCACCCGCAGACACCCACAAGUAUCCGCAAACGGCUAACCCGCGCAGCCGCCAGCUUCAAGCGCUUCUGCUUCUUUGCGCGCGCACGCUUGCAGCACAAAGUCCACGGAAAAACACCCUACCAUCGUCUUCUUCGCCUACACGGAUCUCUGCCGACCUCAAUCCUGUCAGACAAUCAUUCGAGAUCUCCCAAGAUUUAACCGUUUCGAACAGCCCCAACCCCAGAUCUUCUCUGUCCGGCAUACCGUCCCAAGCCUCUUCCAACCCAUAUACGUACGAACGCGUGCCUUUUCCCGCCGAAUUGGGCAUGCUGGAUGAUGCAGUCGACUUUCCGCCGCCGUCGACACUGCCGCUGCACAUUCGCUCCCGCUGCUGCAUAACCACCAACACCACAACCUCAAUCGUCGCCACAGCUACAACCACAGUCGCAGCACCGCUGCGCCCCUCCCUCGCUGCCUGCAGUCGCUAGUACGGGCACGUUCGUUCCGUGCCGCUGCUCGAAAUGAACUCGGCUGGCGCUCCACACAUUCAACAAGCGGGCCCUUUCGGAUACUCCUUCUUCCAGCAUGACUCGUCUUCGAUACCUGACGCCGACCCCACCGCCACCACAACCACCGCUGCGUCUGCCUCUACCUGCUCCUCGUCUGUCGCUGCUGCUACCACCUCGACCGCCGCUCCGCCUACGCCGGGUCCCUCCCUGCUCAAUCACCAGGAAGAGGACUACAUCAAUACCUUCUUCAUGGCCCACGCCGGUCAGGAGAUGACGAGCAAUUCCUUUGACAUCGCCAUUCAGCAGGCUUCCGACCAGCUCCAAGGUACCGCCAUGACCCAAUUCGGCUGGCUCAUGACCGAGCAACCGCCAAACUUCAUCACUGCCUCUGCUACUCCAAAGCAAACCUCCCACCACCUCGGGCCGUAUCAGCAUAUGGCCCACCACGCGAGUCUCGACUUUGGAAACGGGCACCAUCAGCACCACCAGCACCCCCUCCACACACAGCACUUCAUGGACAGCAACGACAUGCUCAGUGGGGGCGCCGCUGUCGCGAACGACUCCAACAAUAACGCCAACAUCCACCAGAGCAUGCUCGCACAGGGCUCGAUGCUGCAACAGCAUGGCGGCAUGGGCGGUCCCGCGCACAUGCAGCCUCCACAGCAGACGCCCUCGCUCGUGUCCGGUCCCAGCACCGAGGCCAGCGACAUGAUGCACCCCACCGACGCCCUGCAGGGUCUGCCCGUGUCCUCCGCCUCGCUCAUGGCCGGCGGUGCAGUCAUCCCGCCCACAACUAUCCUCCCCCACGAGCUGCGCGACAUCCUCAGCGCAAAUCCGCUGACAGCGCACGCGCUCGGCAACACGCUAUCGGGCCUCGCGCCUCUGGACACCGUCCUGCACGACGUGCACUACGACGGUCCGCACACGGCCCCCGCGCGGCUCGACGAGGCUGCUGACGCGCGCCUGUUCCGCUUCGGGUCCGACUCGCAUUUUGGCCUUGACGGCUUCAAGCCUUCGUCCAACUCGGAGCGUCACGAAUUCAUCGCCCAGCGACUCACCGAGGAGCUUCACAUGCUCAAGCCCAUAAACCGCAGCAACAACCCUACUCGCGCUUCCUCGCCCGUCGGCGGUGGCCCUGCCGUCGGUCAUGCGCGAAAGCGCUCCUCGGCACACCUCGACGGACCCGGCGGCAUGAGGACAGAUGACGAUACUGGUCACCCCGGCAGGCCCAAGAAGCGGCGGAAGGACUCGGCUGACGACGAUGUCGGUGGUGACUGCGACGGUGAUGACGAUCAGGCCGGCGGUGGCGCGGCCCCUGGGAGACGGAAACUGCCCAUGUCAGGCAACCUGCGCAUGCGCCGCGUCUCCUCUGCAGCCUCUGCCGCCGACGAUCCCAACGGCUCUGGUCACGUGUCUGCCAGCCCCUCCAAGCGGCGGCGGUCCUCAGGGCCAGGGGCAGGCGGCAAACCGCCACGCGAGAACCUGACGGAAGAGCAGAAACGCAACAAUCACAUUCACUCGGAGCAGAAGCGGCGCAACCUGAUCAAACGCGGCUUUGACGAGCUUCGCCGGCUCGUCCCGGAGCUGCGCGCUGGUGGCCUCAGCAAGAGCAUGGAACUUGUCGAGGUCAGCAACUUCCUCGAGCAGCUUGUCGGCGCGAACAAGGAGCUCCGACGCCGCAUGGGCAUCGUCAAGCCGGGUUGACAACCUCGCUACCCGGGCGUCCUGCAGAACGCGACGGCGACUGGACGUGUGUCAUGUGUACAUCCCGUGUUUGCCGUCAUCAUUGUUGUUGUCAUCCUCGCCUUCGUCGCGUCCUGCUCCUAUUGCCACUGCUGCUGCUGCUACCACUACUUCUGCAGCCGCUUCUCGUCAACAUUAUUAUCAUUGGUCAUCAACAAUCACAUUCCAUGUUCUUUUACGCUCCCCAUGGCAGAAACGGUUCUUCUUUUUUUUUGGACGGGGAUUCACGAACGACCAUCUACGAAUCAUGGAUCAUGGCAUACUCAGCUCGAAGGUUCUAUUUUUCUCUCUUCGCUCUUUCUCUCUCUCUCUUUGUGUGUGUGGGUGUGUGCCUCUCUUCUAUUCGGAGGUUUUGGGAAGGCGUCUUGGAUGACUUUUCUUCGCCUACACAUACGACCGGUUUCUCCGUUUACAUCUACUUUUUUUAAUCCAGCCUUCCUGGCGCGAGAGAGUCUUAGCCGCGCAUCGCCAAUAAAAUCCUCCUCUCCAGGCGCACAUGCAUCCGUGGGGACGAAGACGUUUCUGCGUCAACACAUGGGAUUUGCGGACUAAUUCACCCAAUCCCCCGGCCUGCACAUACCGCACUUCCUUGCCUUACAGAGAGUAUGUGCCUGGACCUCGUUUUCCACGGGGACCAGAUGCGGGAUGGGUCUCAAGAGCGCUGGGAGGGCCGCGUAUGAGGACGGGGGAAGGAAUAAAGGAGGCACAGAUAUCCUUUUGCCUUCCACUCUUUCUCCCACCUCAUUACCGCUUAUUCUGUUUUUUUGCUGCCCACCGCUUGUUGGUGAGUUGUGUAGGGAGGCACGAAGAAAGGCAUCGACGAACAGUGAAGGAGAGAUGGAAAAAGCACACACAAAAGAAAAGGAUGAGGAUGAAGAAGAACGGAACGAAAAAAAAAGAGGAGAAAAAAAGGAGGCGGGAAGGGGAAUG